CAUUAUUUUUGUGUCACUGUUAAGGUGUGGAGAGAAGAGGACACGCCUGUGCUUGCAGACUUGAUGUUUGUGUGUUUCUAUCGGUAAUACACCACUUGUUCAUUUACAGUGCAACAAGGGAAGCAGUAAAAUCUCUUUUACCACCUACUGACUGCCAGUUCUGAAAAAGUGACAACAUGCAGAACGCAGAGAGCGUGUCAGCAACUUUAACCACCAACAGGAACUGCACAAUUGAGAUCACCAACGUUAGCAGCUUCUACUGCCUCAUCAACCCAAAAGUGCACAUGUUCAGUGGGUUCAGCUGCCAUCCUCCCCAGCCCACAAUCCGCUCGUCCAAGAGCGAGGUCUGCUCAUUCACCAAGAGUGAACACACUGCCACGGGGGCCGUAGGCGUCAUGACCUAUGACCUCUUCCACAUGCAGAACCGCAUGUGCACUCAACGCAUGGCUAUUCUGUUCUCCGUUCCCUUCGACUACAACCGCUUCAAGAACGUUUUGGGGAUCGGGCUGUUCGAGAGCUCCCGUGCAUGCGAUAAGGCCUUGUACAACCACAUGUAUGAUGGGAAAGACUUCAGCCAGUUUACUCGUGUGGAUGCAGCAGGGUCUGGAGUCACUCAUAAGGCACAGGGAGUUGAAUUAAGGGCAACCAUGUCAAAUGUGGGCAAAGCCAUUAUUAAACUGGAGAUCUAUGACAUGCUGAGCUAAAUAUAUACUGUAUAUAUAAAGAGUUGUUGAGCCUGAUAGUAACAAAAUAAAAUAUGCAUCCGUGAUUUAACCUACAUUUAUGAUUUUCUGACAAAAAAAAUCUCUGUCAAAUAAAGUUGCAAAAUGGUUCACA